AGUUGUUUUGUGCUAAGAGCCGAGAGGAGACAAGAGAAGUUGAGUGGCGCUUAGCUCGUCUCCACACGUUCUGUUUGGUUGCACAUAGUAGUAUACGACUCUUUUGAAAUACCCAGUUGUUGAAAUAUUGCUCGAGUGGGGAUAAAUCGACCAAAAUGGAUCCUUUUACUGAGAAACUGUUGGAACGGACCCGGGCUCGCAGAGAAAACCUGCAGAAGAAAAUGGCAGAGAGACCAAAUGCAGCAAACAGACCGAUGGUCAAAAGGCCCAGAGAGCCACUGGCUGACACCAAUAGUGUGAUCAGUGAGCCAGUCAUUGAUAAAGUUCCGCAGGUGUCCUCCAAACCUUCUCCCUCAAAGCGGCGGUGCUCAGAGGAAAAUGUCCAGCCUGCAGUUGGUGAAGAAAACCAAGAGCCGACGAUGGCACGACCUUUGGCCCCUGUGGUCUCAGAUCCUCCCACAGACAGGAAACCUCCACUGGCGCCAGGCAGCAGAUGUUCCUCCUCCCUGGAGAAGACUGCCACACAGCCUGUUGUCCAGUCUCAGCUGGGGCAUCAAAAAACUAUACAGCCAGAGCCACAGAAGAUAGCUGUCACCCCUGCUCCUGAUAAUCUGAACAGCAGAGAAGCAGAGAUGGUGCCUGCCAGUCCAGCCCUCCAGAGGACCGUGGAGGAUUCAGCUUCAUGUGCUGCUGGCAUGAAGUCACGUCUACAGAAACUAGCUGAGCAAAGAAAAUGUUGGGAUGGCAACAGCACCUCUGAUACAGUUCCCAUGUCCCCGUUGAAGAGACAGGCUGAGGUCCCACCAGCUCCUGUCCCUUCUCUGACCUCAGAACCUCCAGUAGGGAGGAGAGGCCGACUGGCCAAUCUCGCUGCCACUAUUGGAUCCUGGGAAGAUGACCUAAACCGUGCUAAUAUCCCCAAAGAGAAUGCAAAAGAGAAGCCUGGUACAGCUUUUCCCAAGUCAGCUGUCAGAGAGGCCACUGUAGCUGUCAACGCCAAGCCAAGUGCUGCUGGAGGCCAUGUGGUGGCCAGUACAACUAUGGGCAGCAAGUCCACAUCCAGCUCUUCUCAGCAUGCUGUGUGUUCUCCGGUCAAGCCGAGCCAAGUGCUUUCCCCGGGCCCUCAGAAAGCUGUCAUUCCUGUAGCCACACCAACGCUUCAGUCAGUAACCAGUCCUCAGAAGAGUUCCAACCAGGGGAUGACUUUCACCUCUAGUCCUCAGAAGAGCUACAGCCAUGGAUCAGCCUUUCCGUCCAGUCCCCAGAAGGCCGGUCCCUCCACCUCAACACCUGUGCCUCAAAGCCCUCUGAAAAAUCAGGUCCUCUCCAGGGGUCUCAACAUCACUUCAAGCCCCCAGAAGCCAGAGCUUUGUGCCAAGCCCGCCAUUGUUGGCCCCUCUGUCCAUCAGGAAAAGGCAUCUGCUGGGGGACCUGGUGUAAAAUCUUUCCUGGAGCGCUUUGGAGAGAGGUGCCAGGAGCGUACCAACCAGAGUUCUCCAGCAGGGGGCACUGCCCAGGCCAAGCCUUCCACUGUAACUCCAUCAGUCACACCAAACACCAAACUGGAGCGGGAGUCUGAGCUGGCUCAAAUUCGCAAUCGCUUCCAGAAGGGGAACAAUAUGUGGAAAAACAGAGAUGAAGUAACAGAAACCAAGAAGAACUCCGAUAUCAAGGAACAGCUUGUCAAGCCUGUGGAGAGUGAAGCUGCCCUAUGUGAGCCAGAGGAUGAACCUACAGCACUGUCUACUGAGAAAACUGGUAACCCCACCAUGUUAACUCCUGCAGUCUCACCACCAGCACAGACAUCCAGUCCUCUGAGGGUGGAUACUGUAGAGAAACCAACUGAUGAAAUACCAGAAAAAGAGGAAGUGGUCACAGAGAUAGAGAUGAAUGUGGACCAGUCCUUCAACUCUGCAGUCAUCACUGAGCUGUUUGAUGGAGUCCUGGAGCAGAGUGAAGAUCAGGAUCAGGAUGAGGAUGAGGAGGAAGACGCUUUGAAUAUCUCCUCCAUGUCCCUCCUCACUCCACUGGCAGAGACUGUGGCUGCUGUGGUGAGCAGUCCAGAGAGGAGAAUGAUGACGUCAACUCCAGCCAGUUCAUUCAUUAUGAAGAACAAAACUCCAGACAAUGUUUCCAAACCUAGCAAAUUCCAGAGAACUAACAUGAUACGGACUGCCUCUUCAGACAGUGUAGAGGCCUCAGAUGAAGACCAUAAACUGCCUUACAGCAUUGAUGCAUACAGGUCCACCAGAGUGAAAGAGAUUGAGAGACCCAAUGUGAAGCAGGUUAUUGUGAGAAAAGAGGAUGUUUCUCACAAAUCAGAAGAGCCUAUAGGAUCCAGUCUCUUCAAUAUUAAACAGAAGAUGAAGAUUCUGACUAAUGAGAUAAACCUGCAGCAGACAGUUAUUCAUCAGGCCAGUCAGGCUCUUAACUGCUGCACAGAUGAGGAGCAUGGCAAAGGAUCCCAGGUGGAGGCUGAGGCAGAGAGGCUGCUGCUAGUGGCAAUGGAGAGGAGGGAGGCACUGAAGGCGGAGCUGGACCGUCUGAGAGGAGGUCCAGCAGGACAGAAAAAGGCCUCUGCAGUCCCAGAAUCCACCAGCAUGUCUGCCUCGAAGGGCUCCAUCACCCUUCAGGAGUUACGUCUGCCCCUCAAGGCAGACUUUGUCUGCUCCACUGCCAACAAGCCAGAGUCAACCAAACAUUCCUUCUUCAUCAUGAUGCGGGCUGGAGCAGAGAACACUGUGGCUACUCCGCUGGCCAGCACACACCGCGGCCUCAGUGGAGACACCCUCACCUUCCCUACCAAGUUCACCAUAUCUGAUGUCUCCAGUGACUUUGUAAUUGAUAUUGAGGUGUACUGCCUGGUGCAGAAACGUGAGGUUUGCAGUGACAAAAAGAAGAAAACCAACAAAUCAAAGGUAAAUCCCCUGUUGUUUUUUACCACAUGGAAAAAAACACUGUUUAUCUCAUGGAAGGAAUGAGUUUAAAGUGUGUGU